UCCACUCACCGCCAGAUCGUUGUUUUUACAACCUGAAACAUCCCACUCGCCAUCUGCCCAUUUGUCUGUCUACUCUUUCAACUCAAUGAUGAGUGAUUUGCAGUUGAUGGAAUUGGAGGAUGAGCUCAAGAGUGUAGAUACAUUUCUUGAACAUCUCAAGACAGAAGAGACAGAGAAGAACAGACAGAAAACUAAGACCACAUCACCAAAGCCUGUUCAUUGGAAGAAGAGGGACCACAAUGGGGACAUUGUUCACCAGCGCCCACGAGCCCUUAGAAAGCAGUCAACAUCACAAAGACCAGACGAAGGAAGACAUGUUUCUUCUUCACCGCCAUUAGACCAUGGCCAACACCUAGACCAUGAUUUGAAUAUGCGGCAGCUUGAGGACCUUCUACAGGACUCAGAGAACAUGGAAUCGCAAGAUUUUGUUCAGCAGCCACCAUUGUCCAGUUGGAGUCAAAGGCAGAAAGAGGUCCAACAAUGUUGGCAACAGGCGAGGCCACAGAACCUUGACAAUUUACUUUCUGCUGAGAACAUCGUACAGAUGACAUGCAAUCACUGUCACGUGAAAGAAGCUGUCAUCCGUUGUGGGGAAUGUAUGCCCUCAGAGUGGUUUUGUGCUGAGUGUGAUGGCUCGGUACAUAAACACCACACUCUUCACAACAGGCAAACCAUCAUGGAUGGAUUUUUCAAAUACAUCCCACCAACAGAGGCUGUGACACUCUGUGACACUGGAAAAUACAGCAUUUGUGAACAAGAUUGUUUUCUGCCAACAGCUCUACCUCAAAGGAUAUGCUCCUGUGACACCGCUGAUGCAGCAGUCUCUACACUGUUCCACCAGGAUCUCUUCCAUUCCUUUGAGGCUAUGAACACAGCAGCUCCAGGAAUGUCCAGACAAGCCUUUACAGCAAUGUUGGACCAGAGAACAAAGCAAUAUGGAAGAACUGGCAAAGUGAAUGCAGAUGCAUUUCAGAGAAGUUUUCUGCAAUUUGUGUACUGCAACUAUGAAGAGAACCAACUUCUUGGAAAGGAGCCAUUGGUCUGUCCAGCCUGUAGCCCUGAAAUGGUGGCUGUUUCUGUGGAUGGCAACAGAAAGUUGUACAGGUUCCAGAAAACAAACCAGAGUGAAGAGCCAGGGUUCUUUGAUGGAGUGUUUUUAGCCCGAGACUCUGAGGUGUCCAGUUUUGUUGAGGAGGUCCGGGGAACUGUCAAGAGUACCGCAGGAAAAGCGAUGUGUGGUGACACCCAAUGGAAUGCAGCAAGAGAGACUUCAAAGCGGGCCAACAAUUUGGAUGAAGAAGGUGUGGAAUUUGCUGUGUGUAGACAUGGAUUUCUUCUCAAAGGUCUGAAUAUGUAUAGAGGAGAAAUCUUUGCAUAUCCAAUGUUUCUCCAAAAAGAGUUCCAGAGUGCUACAUUUUUGGCCAUGGAUGUGACCUGCCGAUAUGUGCCAUACUUGACAAAAGUGUCAGAGGCCCUGACGCAUCUUCAACCCCUUCAGGAAAUGAGGCAUUGCUUGUCUGUGAUGCAUGCCAAAGCCCACAAUACAAAAUGCGAGAUUCUGUGGACUGCAAGGAACCAGGAGGGCGCCGGCACCACUCUCGGUGAAGAAGUAGAGCAAGUGAAUAGUUUUCUCUCCAGAUGUGCCCUUACCACCAAGUAUAUGGCCAAGUCAGUAAGAACUGACAUGCUGACUGUCCAUGCUAUGGGGUGGAAUGAACGGAAAGAGAAUGGCCUCCAUAUAGCCUUGUCUUCUAGAUUCAAGAAGACAGUAGAGAAGACUGUGGAUGUAGCUGAGAGCCUGAAGACAAUGCAGGAGCAGUUGCAUUGCUGUGAUGACAUGCUGAAACAAUGGGUUGUUGAUGUCAAGCAGUGGGCCAGUAGCAGAAGCACAGCACCUGGUCCUGUUGAUGCUCAAAGUUUGCAGAUCACAAUCGAAGCACUCUUUGUGAGCAUUUGUCAGAAAAAGCACUACCUUUACAGACAAAAUGAUCGCAACAAAAGGCGACAGAAAAUAACUCAAAAGAUAGCCCAGGAAAAGAAACGGUUGCUGGAAGACAUCCAGAGAUACAACCAACAGCCUGAUGGUGACCCUGUGGACACAGAGUUAGUUGUGCAGAAACUCUCUAACAAAGCUGCAGAGAGCAUGAUCUGGCCUUGGCAGGAACAGAACACAGACGGUGUGGACAUCCUUACAAAGAAGAAGCUCUUUGACCACGUAAUGCUUGCCUCACGACUAAAAGAGGAAAAGCAGAUCCUUGUGAAGGAGAUGCUGCAGCACUGCCAGUACCUCAAGGACUCAGUGGCAAAGGUCCAGACACUGAUGGGCACUGUUUUAGUGAGCACACAGACAGGAAGCUUGCCAAAUGGAUUAACCGAGGAGGGGUCCAAGGGCCUCAUCAGUGCACUAAAAAGAAGACUGCAAGACCUGAGACUCAAACAGCAGACCAUAGCAGGCACCUACAGAUGCACUCUCAAACCAAGUAACAGGCUGGUGGAAGAGGAGGACAGGGAAAUGGAAGAAGACAUGGACUGGCAACGUGGCAACAGCUCGGAUGAUGAUAGUGAUGAGGAGGAGGAUGCAGAGAAUUGAAUUCAAGUCACUUGGAUCUGAAUCACUCAGUCACAGCUGUAAUCGCCUGAGACCUAACUUGAUAUACUGUAAUGUAUACUGUGUGUUCUCUCCCUUUGAUCUUUACCUGUAAUGGCCCAGGCGAGUCAAUUGCAACAAAGGCUGCCUCCAGAGCAUGACUGCAGCAGAGCACAGAGCAUUAUUUGUAAAUGAGUGAUAGAACAUAACACUUAACUUAUAACAUGGGUGAGUUGGUGACCAAGCUAACGUUUUCGGGUUUUUGUUUUAGAUUCACUGUUAGGUAAGGGAGCGUGCUGGCUCCGCCUUCCCAUUGCGGGGAGGGCCAGCGGCUCCCAGGUUUUGGUUUUAUUUUCACUAACUCAGUCUUGUUUUUCUGUUCAAUAAACUUUCGUAUUACUUUUUACAUA